AUGGAAAUCAGUAGUGGCUCAAUCCAGGCCAGCAGCCUUCAGUACGAGAUGCUGCUGCUGACGGACUCCAUCUCCAAGGAGGACAGUUGCUGGGAAUUGCGCCUGCGUUGCGCCCUCAGCCUCUUCCUCAUGGCCGUGAACAUCAAGACUCCGGUGGUGGUGGAGAACAUCACCCUGAUGUGCCUGCGGAUCCUUCAGAAGCUGAUCAAGCCCCCGGCACCCACCAGCAAGAAGAACAAGGACACGCCAGUGGACUCCCUCACCACGGUCAAGCCCUACAGCAAUGAGAUCCACGCCCAGGCCCAGCUGUGGCUCAAGAGGGAUCCCAAGGCCUCCUACGAGGUGUGGAAGAAAUGCCUCCUUGCCAGAGGCCUCGAAGCCAACGGGAAGUCUCCCAGCCGAACGGAGCUGCGCCACCUCUACCUGACGGAGAAGUACGCCUGGAAGUGGAAGCAGUUCAUGAACAAGCGGGGGAAGAGGACCUGCCCUCUGGACCUCAAGCUGGGACACAACAAUUGGCUGCGGCAGGUCUUGUUCACCCCAGCAACCCAAGCAGCCCGGCAGGCGGCUUGCACCAUCGUGGAAGCCCUGGCUACCAUCCCAAGCCGCAAGCAGCAAGUCCUCGACCUGCUGACCAGCUACCUGGAUGAGCUGUGCGUGGCAGGCGAGUGUGCGGCGGAAUACCUAGCCCUCUACCAGAAGCUCAUCAAGCCAGCCCGCUGGAAGGUCUACCUGGCGGCCAGGGGGGUCCUGCCUUACGUCGGCAACCUGAUCACCAAGGAAAUCGCCCGUCUCCUGGCCCUGGAGGAAGCCACCCUCAGCACCGACCUGCAGCAGGGCUAUGCUCUCAAGAGCAUCACCGGCCUCCUGUCCUCCUUCGUGGAAGUCGAGUCCAUCAAGCGCCACUUCAAGAGCCGGCUGGUGGGGACGGUGCUGAACGGCUACCUCUGCUUGCGGAAACUGGUGGUACAGCGCACCAAGCUGAUCGACGAGACCCAGGACAUGUUGCUGGAGAUGCUGGAAGACAUGACCACAG